AGCGGCGGCGGCGCCAUGCAGGCCAACGGGGCGGGAGGAGGCGGCGGGGGCGGCGGCGCGGGCGCGACCCCGGAGCUCGCCUGCCUGGCGGCGCAGAACGGGGAGGCGUCCCCGGCGGCCGCGGGGGACCUGGCGCACGCCAACGGGCUGCUGCCCGCCGCCCCCGCCGCCGCCGGCAACAAUGGCACCGGCCCGAGUGUCAACAACGGGGUCCCCGGCGGGGCCGCCGCCGCCGCCCUGGCCGCCCCGGAGCCGGGCAGCAGCCUCAAGAAGAAGAAGCGGCUCUCGCAGUCGGACGAGGACGUCAUCCGGCUGAUCGGACAGCACCUGAACGGCCUCGGCCUGAACCAGACUGUUGAUCUCCUCAUGCAAGAGUCAGGAUGUCGUUUAGAACAUCCUUCUGCUACCAAAUUCCGAAAUCAUGUCAUGGAAGGAGACUGGGAUAAGGCAGAAAAUGACCUGAAUGAACUAAAGCCUUUAGUACAUUCUCCUCAUGCUAUUGUGGUAAGAGGCGCACUUGAAAUCUCUCAAACGUUGUUGGGAAUAAUUGUGAGGAUGAAGUUUUUGCUGCUGCAGCAGAAGUACCUGGAAUACCUGGAGGAUGGCAAGGUCCUGGAGGCGCUUCAGGUUCUACGCUGUGAACUGACGCCCCUGAAGUACAAUACAGAGCGCAUUCAUGUUCUGAGUGGAUAUCUGAUGUGUAGCCAUGCAGAAGACCUAAGAGCAAAAGCAGAAUGGGAAGGCAAAGGAACAGCUUCCCGAUCAAAACUGUUGGAUAAACUUCAGACUUAUUUACCACCAUCAGUGAUGCUUCCCCCACGGCGUUUACAGACUCUUCUGCGGCAGGCGGUGGAACUACAAAGGGAUCGGUGCCUAUACCACAAUACCAAACUUGAUAAUAAUCUAGAUUCUGUGUCUCUACUUAUAGAUCAUGUUUGCAGUAGGAGACAAUUUCCCUGUUAUACUCAGCAAAUACUUACGGAGCAUUGUAAUGAAGUGUGGUUCUGUAAAUUCUCUAAUGAUGGCACUAAGCUAGCAACAGGAUCAAAAGAUACAACUGUUAUCAUAUGGCAAGUUGAUCCGGAUACACACCUGCUGAAACUUCUUAAGACAUUAGAAGGACAUGCUUACGGAGUUUCUUACAUUGCAUGGAGUCCGGAUGACAACUAUCUUGUUGCCUGUGGCCCAGACGACUGCUCUGAGCUUUGGCUUUGGAAUGUACAAACAGGAGAACUAAGGACAAAAAUGAGCCAGUCUCAUGAAGACAGUUUGACAAGUGUGGCAUGGAAUCCUGAUGGCAAGCGCUUUGUGACUGGAGGCCAGCGUGGACAGUUCUACCAGUGUGAUCUGGAUGGAAAUCUCCUUGACUCCUGGGAAGGGGUAAGAGUGCAAUGCCUGUGGUGUUUGAGUGAUGGGAAGACUGUUUUGGCAUCAGAUACACACCAGCGGAUUCGGGGAUACAACUUUGAGGACCUUACAGACAGGAACAUAGUACAAGAAGAUCAUCCUAUUAUGUCUUUUACAAUUUCAAAAAAUGGCCGAUUAGCUUUGUUAAAUGUAGCUACUCAGGGAGUUCAUUUAUGGGACUUACAAGACAGAGUUUUAGUAAGGAAGUAUCAAGGUGUUACUCAAGGGUUUUAUACAAUUCAUUCGUGUUUUGGAGGCCAUAAUGAAGACUUCAUCGCUAGUGGCAGUGAAGAUCACAAGGUUUACAUCUGGCACAAACGUAGCGAACUGCCUAUAGCAGAGCUGACAGGGCACACGCGUACAGUGAACUGUGUGAGCUGGAACCCACAAAUCCCAUCCAUGAUGGCCAGUGCCUCAGAUGACGGCACUGUUAGAAUAUGGGGACCAGCACCUUUUAUAGACCACCAGAAUAUUGAAGAGGAAUGCAGUAGCAUGGAUAGUUGAUGGCAAAUUUGGAGGAGACGACUUCUGUUUAACUUAAAAUUAGUCGUAUUUUAAUGGCUUGGGAUUUGGUGCAAACAAACAUGAUUGAUAGCUGGACAGACAUGCUCGUCAUGAAAAAAGAACCAUUUCUGAAGCCCGAUUGGGGCCAAACAUGUACACCUUGCUUCAUAGUAACCAGUUGAAAUGAAGCACGUCUUAGAACGUUGGACGCCAUGUUGAAUUCUCCCCCCAUCGGUUGUGAAGAACUAUGCUACAUCCAGGCUUACCCAUUGAACUCAGUAUAUAUAUAUUUUUUCCCUCCUGCCUUUUGUCUGGCAGGAUACCAUUCUUGUUGCUCUUCUGUGUAAUGAAGUUUAAAUGCUUGUUUGGAAAACUUUAUUUAACAGUUUAGAAGCCUUGAUAGGAAGAGUGCAUUAGUCUGAAGAGUAUUCAUUGGAUAGGAAAGAAUUUCCUUCUUUUGUUUCUCCAAAUCUUUCCGCCUUAUUUAGCUUGAGAUCUUUGCAGCUUGGUUCAUGGAUUUUAGCCUUGCCCGUUGCGCAGUAUAUACUGAUCCAGAUGACAAAACCAGUGAACUAUGUCAAAAGCACUCUCAAUAUUACAUUUGACAAAAAGUUUUGUACUUUUCACAUAGCUUGUUGCCCGUAAAAGGGUUAACAGCACAAUUUUUUAAAAAUAAAUUAAGAAGUAUUUAUAGGAUUAAAGUGACUUCAUUUGUAUACAUUUGGAAUCUAAACCAGCUUAAAAUGUUUCCUCUAUGACUUAGAUACACAGCAAAACUGAUGGCUCUUCUGUGUACCACGUGCUACAUAGUCAGAACAGUGCUUGAAGGACAUUGUACAGGAAAAUCAGUAACACUUUGAAGGUACCCUCUCACACACUUGUUUUAUCCAUGGAGGAACAUUGGUACCUGAUGUUGAAGAAAUUCAAGAUUCAAAAACUAAUUUUAAAUAUGCCAACAUGAGGUAGAUCAGUCAUCAGUCCAGGUUUUCAUCAUUUGCUCCAAACUGUUCACUCGGGAAGUCAUACUGAUAGGAUACAGCAAGAGUAGAAAUCAGCAGGUAAAACCACUUUGGAUAUUUAUAAUAUCGUUGAAACUUAGAAGAACUCAGCAGGUUACAAAUAAACUGGGACUAAAACCUCAUAGUUAUUUCUCCUAACUGCCCUUAGUAUCUUGACAUAUUAGGGACAUAUAAAUUAGUAAGUUCCUUCUCAGCUUUUCCAAUGUUGCCAUACUGAACCUCAUUCAAACUGGUGCUGUGGACAGUCUCCUCCCCUUUUAGUUUCGGCAAAGGUUCUUUAAUGGGAAAGAAGUUUUAAUUUGAGAAUUUCAUACUUAGAAUGAACCAAAAGCCUGAUGUCCACACUGUGUGUUUUUAAGCCCCACAACAGCUGAGUACAGCACACUUGGUCUCCCUUGAAAUUUCCCUGUUUUCAGCAGAGCAAAGUAGGGUGACAUAGCUGUUACAUUAGAAAAAAAGAGUGAGAAUGACCACAAAGUUAAGAUCGUGGUGGAGAAAAACUCUUGCAUCAAGUUCGUUAGGCCUUGCCCAGACUGAAAUAUAUCUGUUGGUCACCGUGACUACCCCUCCGCACCCACAAAGAAGAAAAAGGCUUGGAUUCAGGAAUUCUUCCAUUGUGGGGCAGAAGGGAGGGGUGGCAGCAGGGAGAAGGGAUGUUGGGGAUGGGGAGAAGAAUGAAAACACAUUUGGCCUUAAAAUAGCAUGCAUUCUCCCAAAACCCCAUAGUAAAAAAAUAAAAUGACAAGUCAUAGAUUUAUUUUAUCAAAUUGGUGUGUAAAUGAUUUCUUUAAGAUUCAUUUUGCAGAGACCACCACUUAAGAGAAUCAAAGAUUUCCUGUUUUGAUACUCCUGAGUUAAAAUAACUGUUACCGUUUAUCUGGUACUUCAUUUUUCUUGACUAAAAUUACUUUUUACUUUAAGCUUGAAUAAAAAUAUUCAUUGAUAACUAUAUAAUUAAGUGGCAACUUCUCUUUACCUCAGUACAGUUAGAACCAUAUUUUUGAAGUAAUUCAUAUAAGCCCGGAAGCCAUUAAUGUACCCAUCUCUAUAGUAACACCCUUAACAAAGCAUGGGCAUAGAAAUUCCACAGCUGUUUACAAACUUGGUUACAGUGUACUAUCCUACACGUGUGACAUUUGCUGAGAUUUAUGCUCACUCACCACUUAGAUUUGUUAGAUUCUGCUGCAGCCAGGCACCCUUAGAUCUGCAUUUUCAGAGUGCUUUUGAGGUGCAGUAUUAAAAAAAAAAAAGUGGAGAAAAGAACAUAGCUCCUACUAAACGGAGUAACAACUAUGCAAAGGUUUCCAUAGCAGCAAGGUGAAUUCAUCCCCUAGGUCUGCCUUAACUGGCAGCAUCCUAUGUAUACUGGCAUUUUGAUAUGCCAAUUUGCCGUUGAGGUCUGUUUCAUAUAUUUGAUGUGCAGUUGAGUAUGAUAGAAAGGUGGGGAGAAACCUAGGGUUUUAUGAAAUAACGUAAAUCUUGGUGGCAGGAUUUUCUAGUCAGUAUAUAUUCACUGAAACUGAUGAUGCUUUUAGAGCACAUAGUAGACUUGAGGGUUUCUAUCAAGCCAACCACAAGAUACUAACAAAUGUGCAAGUUGAAACGUACUAAUACUUUUUGCACAUAGAUUAAAAUAGAGGGGAAUUUUUGGCUCCAAAAUUCAGGUUAGUAGUUCUAUUUCCAUGUGCUUAAUUCUUUUUGUUAUGCAUUGAUUAAGGGCUAUAGCAAGAAUGAAAUUGUCUUUUUCCUCUUAAGGAAUUGGUUAUUAAUGGUAAAAAGUUGGAUUUUGUUGUUACAGAGAUUGCUGUGUGGGUGGUAAAGAAUAAGUGGGAGUUGGAAAGGAUAGUUUGGUUUGUAUUCAUACCAACUACAUUUUGGUUGCUCUUAAUUGGCCAGAUAAAUGUGUUAUAUUAACCCAGGUAAGUAGUUUGGACAGAGAAAGUUUUAUUUGCAGAUGUCUACAAAUGAGCCUAUUUCAUCAGGUGGCAGAGUAAAAAGGGAUUCCAAGUUGAAAAGAAAGCCAAUAUUGUCAUUAUUUUCUUAUUCUGAAAAAACAAGCAGUAAUAAACUGAAUUUUAGUAGGAGUGUUCUGCCACUAGAAUGGCAUUAAUAGAAAACCCUUUUCCCACCCCUCCCCAUCUUGGAAUUUUCUUUUUUAGGAUGUUUGUUCCUGCAAACAAGAACUGACCCUAUCACCUCUGCCUGGCAGUGGUAAAUACAUCUUACAUCUCUUGAAAGGGAGCAUGUCCAUGUCAGUUUUUUUCACAGAAGAAGAAUGGCUGCUCUUGAGUGGGGAGGACAGAAGAUGUUUGUCUUAGUAUCCUUUUGUCCCAUCUCUAAAAUGUAUAUUUUUACUUAGUUUUACUUGAAUCUCAUUUAGACUUCAAUUCUCCUUUUUGAUUGCUGCCCAAAACAUUUCCAUCUCAGAAACUAUAUUUGUUUUAACACAAAUUGCAGACCUUAAAAGAAGUGAAUUUGCAUUCAUUCACACUUAGACACUUUCUAAAAACAGGGUGAACUUAAAUUGAAAAUUUUCAGUGUUAAGCUAUUAUUAUAGUAGCUACCCUAUAGUUGCAAAUGAAAACUAAUAACCCAUUCCCUACCUACUUAAUCCAGAUACCCUGGAUUUAAUGAAACUAAUAGUGUAAAAAUGUGUGUGUAUGUGUGUGUGUGUGUGUUGUGUAAGUGUGGGAGAGAGAGUAUUUAAUACUUAAGUCCUGGAAAUGGCUGUUCUAGGUUUGGUCGGUUUUACUAAAAGUCUUGUGCACAUGCGAAGUGCCCUCUCUGUUUAAGGCUUGGUUAAUACUCGUAUAUUUUUAUAAGAUUGAAAUUGCAUCCCCAUCUUAAAAGCAUUUUCAUGUUCAGUGUGCUAAAACUAAGUCGUAACAUUUUUAGGCACAGAUGGAAAAAAUUGGCUCCUUGAAAAUGUGCGUGUGGUGAGGGGACUAUAGAUCCACAAAAGCAUGUAUGUACUUAGAAACCAAGCUGUAGAGAUCAAGGAGUCAUUGUUGAUCUCUCAAAAAAAUUUUCUAAAUUGUCAAGAUUUACAUGGCAUUGUGGUGGAACUAGUUAAACACUUAGAGCUUUUGAUAUGUAAUAACUAUUUGGUAUGGACUGAUUAAUGUUUCAGAGGAUUGUGUUCUUAAAUUUUGGGGUUCUGUUUUUUUAACUGCCUCAGAUUAUAUUUAGUAGUUUAAAUUUCUUUGCUUUAUCUCAUUAAAGUAUAAAAGCUUCAGGUCUCA